CGACACCACGUCUCGCAUUCCACUUCAGGAGCAGAUCGUUAAUUGCAAGGUCCCACUCGCUAGGUGCAAAAAUGACAACCGUUGUGUCCUUCGAUGUUGACGGCACUCUCAUCCAUUCAGUUGGCGACAAGUCAAAUAAGUUACACAAGGACGCGUUUACGCAUGGACUCAAGGUCGGACUUGGUCUGGACACUCACAUUGACGUGAUCGCCCACCACGGUAGCACGGAUCCGCUUAUCCUCAUUAAGGUAGCAGAACACCACGGCAUUUCAAAGCAAGAGGCAAUGGCCAAGCUGCCUGCGAUGGAGGCAGCCAUGAACGCCUACUUCACGGAGCACCGUGAUGAGGCGGCGGUGGGUCUGGAGCUGCUGCCGGGCGUCAAGGAGUUGCUCACUCGCCUCAAGGCCCUGCCCAACGUCGCCACCUGCCUGGUGACGGGCAACCUGGAGCCCAUCGGAUGGGGCAAGAUGGAGAAACUGGGCGUCUUGGAUCUGUUCAGCAGCCCCCGCUUCGGCGGGUUUGGCUCGGAUUUCUGCAGCGGCAACACGGAGGAGUCAUGGAAGGACCGUGGCGAGUUCGUGCGCGUCGCGGCCCGCAAGUGCGAGGAGCUGCAUGGCAAGGUUGGCGCACGGUUCCAUGUGGGCGACACGCCCAUGGACAUCAAGGCUGCUGUAGACGCGGGCGCGGUGCCUGUGGCGGUGGCGACCGGCAUCUACACUGCUGAGCAGCUGAAGGCGGUGGCCGAGGGCGUGGUGGUGCUGGACUCUCUGAGCGACGUGCAGGCAGUGCUGCGCGUCAUGAAGCUGGCGGCGGCCUAGCCCAGGCAACAAGGGGGACAUCGAGGACCGCGCCGCAUUCGAGGACGCAGACGCAUUGUAUGCGUACAUAGGGUACUUUUGGAUGUGAGCCCCCCGAGCGGUUGGCUCUGCUGUGGCAUCGCGAUUGCCAGGCACCUGGUUUGGCUAUGUGCCUGUGGAAACCGACUCCGGCUAUGUCCGGGCGAUGAGGUUGUUUGGCCUCAGACUGAGGAGGGGCUCAGCCCCUCUUCCCGUGACCGCGGAACACUUGUUGAUGUGAGGCACCGCGCCCUCUCCGUACUGAUCACAAUACCGUACAGUGCAAUGCAAUGCCUUGUCAUUGUGUGCGCAACGCAGAGCCUUGCAACGCCCUUUACAUCCUACGUAUAUGUGCGAUCAUGCGUGUGCAACCAGGUCAUGACUGGUGAAGGUCAAGAAUUUGAUACGAUUACCGUUGGGACAAGA